AUGACAGCAAUGGAAGGUUCAAGAAUUAGAAAAGCAACAACAGUUCUACUUAACAAUGAAUCAAAGAAAACUCCAAAUUCAGAAAAGUUUUUAGCAGUUACAACAAAUAGGGGAGAAAUAUUUUUUAUAUCGCCAACAAAUCCAAAGUGCCUUCACAAAAUUAGUUUUGUCCAGCCAAACAAUACAAUUGGAAUAUUCUCUACAGCAAUUACCCGAAGUGGACAAAUAUUUUAUUUAAACCCAUGUGGAAGCGAAUUUAUAAGGUUGGGAUCUCAUCUUACGAGCGGUACUGAUACUGAAUGUAAUAUUGUUGAGACUGGUAUGGGAUGUAAUGGAACUACAAAUGGUUUGGAAUGUAACGGUAAAAAUAGAGGAGAUUUAGGGUUUUUGAGUACUCGUUCAAGUAUUUUAAGAUAA